AUGCGAAGGAGCAGCAAAGGCGGAAUCAAGUCCACGACGCUGAAAGACCCAACGAACCAGCUGUCAACGUCCUUUUACACGAAGAACAACAUGGUUGUCACUUCCACGACCGUCGAGCCUCUCAAGAGUCACAGAAACUCCGAAUGCGUCGUCUGCAUGGACGAAUUUCCUGCGGAUCAGCUUAUCUACUUUUGUCCUCCCUCUCCUUCCGACGAAUCAUCGAACUCGAACCUCUCCAACCACGGUUACUGCGGCGGUUGCCUCGUCGAGGGUAUCCGCAGUGCGAUAAAAGGUCGUUAUCCCUUCCGCUGCUGCGGGGCGAUCUUCGACACAAAAGACUACCAAGGUGCCUCCUUGUCCGCAGACGAGAAGCAGGCGUAUGAAGACAUGGUUGAGGAGCUCACCACGCCCAACCCGCUAUACUGCUCCAACCGUCAAUGUGGCAGUUUCAUCAAACCCGCCCGGAUCAAAAGUGAUCUCGGGUGUUGUCCCAAGUGCUUCGCCAGCACCUGCAAGCAUUGCCGUCAGGCUUCCCACCCGAGAUUGGUUUGCAAACAAGACCAAGAUACACUCAAGGUGCUCGCCUUGGGCAAGAAGCGUGGCUGGAAACUCUGCCCGGUGUGUGGAUACAUGGUCGAGCUGGUCAAGGGUUGCCACAUUAUUAAGUGUAGAUGUGCCUGUUCAUUUUGCUACAGGUGUGGCGCCUCCAACGUGUCAGAUGUCGACGAUCGGCGCCAUCUCUGGCACCCAAGCUGUUGGAGGCCAGAAGAUUACGCCAUCCAUAACACACCCCCGGGAGUGGAGCAGCCGCAGCGCCCUCGCCGUGGAUUCAUUGAUAUGUUGGGUAGACUUCACGAUCAGUGGCGGUAUCUGGACCGAGAGUGGAGGCUGGAGUUGGAGCGGGAGAAGGUAGGCCGGCGGGAGUGGCCAAGGGAGCUGGAGGUGGAGGAGGAGCUGGAGACGCUCAAGAACACGGCUUUACGCGCUCCGAACCCCCUUCAGUCCGCGGCUAAAAACAACAGCAACAAUAUUAACCACGACCAACAAGCUAGGCCUAGGCCUCAGCAAAACGCCCAGCCUCAUCAGCAACCUCACCAAGAGCCUCACAAUCCUCCCAUCAAUCGCGAGCAUAAGCGUGGCUCUCCAUGGCAGCCUUUGAUGGUUGCGCCCCCCAGACCGGUUUUCUAUCAGCCCCAGGCGAAUCCGUGGCCGAAUCAGCCGCCCGAACCCCGAGGCCGAGGGCAGAGGCGGAGUUAA